GCAGAUAUCUUCAGCAGAGUAAUCAUUACAGCUGGGACACUGCUCACACGUUUAUAAUCAUCAUCACUGCUUAUAUUUUACAAGCAGUAAAUGUUAUGCAAAAGCAGAAUUCAUUUUCCGGAAUAGAAUUGUAUAGUACUGAAAAUAAUUUAUAAAGAUCAGUAUCAAUAUGGCUGCAAAACUCACAAGCAGAAAACUUCUGCAACACAUUUUCAACAAGCAUUACUUUCCUGCAAGACUUUGGAGAAAUUCUGUGGUCAGGUACUGUGUCUCCUUCCAGAAACAGAAGCUACAAUCUGAGCAUGUUGCUAACCCAACAUUUGAUGUCCAGUCUUAUAUGCCUGAAGCUGCUGCAUUGUCAAAUGUGCAAACUUACCAAGAACUUCAGCAAUUUUCAGUUCAAAACCCUGAGACUUUUUGGGGUGUGCUGGCUAGGGAGAGACUGACUUGGGUGAAACCAUACCAGAUAGUCAAGGACUGUGACUUUACUCAGGGCAGAGUCAGAUGGUUCCUUGGUGGUCAACUCAAUGUGUCUGUGAACUGCCUAGAUAAACAUGUCCACCAGUGUCCAGAAAGAACUGCGUUGAUUUGGGAACGGGAUGAACCAGGAACUGAAGUCUACAUCACAUACAGAGAGCUGUUAGAUACAACAUGCCGAAUUGCCAACACACUGAAGAAGUACGGAGUGCAGAAAGGUGACAGAGUGGCCAUUUACAUGCCUGUUUCUCCAAUGGCUGUAGCGUCUAUGCUAGCUUGUGCCAGAAUUGGUGCUGUGCAUACUGUUGUUUUUGCUGGAUUCAGCGCAGAAUCAUUGGCAGGCAGGAUCAAUGAUGCUAAUUGCAAAGUAGUCAUCACAUGUAAUCAAGGAGUGAGAGGUGGACGUGUGACAGAGCUGAAGAAGACAGUAGAUGAUGCUGUCAAAGUGUGCCCGACAAUCAAGCAUGUCUUUGUGUCUCAGAGAACCAACAACAAAGUCAACAUGGGUAAUCUCGACAUACCGCUUGAGGAAGAGAUGGCCAAGGCAGAUUCUACCUGCACACCUGAAACUAUGAACAGCGAAGACAUGCUUUUUAUGCUGUAUACUUCCGGCAGCACUGGAAAGCCAAAGGGCAUUGUACAUACCCAGGCAGGUUAUCUGCUCUAUGCUGCCCUAACACACAAGUAUGUGUUUGACUACAAACAAGGAGAUGUAUUUGGGUGCGUGGCAGACAUUGGCUGGAUUACAGGACACAGCUAUGUUGUAUAUGGGCCACUAUGUAACGGAGCCACUACUGUUCUGUUUGAAAGUACUCCAACUUACCCCGACCCAGGUCGAUAUUGGGAGACUGUAGAAAGGUUAAAGAUUAACCAGUUUUAUGGAGCACCAACUGCGAUACGUCUUCUGCUUAAAUAUGGAGAUGAAUGGGUGCAUAAAUAUAACAGAUCUUCACUGAAAACGUUAGGAUCAGUUGGUGAGCCAAUAAACCAUGAGGCUUGGGAAUGGUUUAAUAAUGUUGUUGGAGAGAAGAGAUGCACACUUGUGGAUACCUGGUGGCAGACAGAAACCGGUGGAAUCUGCAUCUCUCCACGCCCAUCUGAAGAAGAUGCUGAGGUCAUUCCAGCGAUGGCUAUGAGGCCAUUUUUUGGAAUUCAACCUAUACUUGUAGAUGAAAAUGGUAGAAGUAUACAGGGAGGGGAUGUUUCUGGAGCAUUAUGUAUUGCACAACCAUGGCCUGGCAUGGCCCGAACUAUAUUUGGAGAUCAUCAGAGAUUUGUUGAUGCUUACUUCAAAACAUAUCCAGGAUAUUAUUUCACUGGUGAUGGAGCCCACAGAUCAAAAGAAGGUUAUUACCAGAUAACAGGUCGCAUGGAUGAUGUCAUAAACAUUAGCGGUCACAGGUUGGGCACAGCAGAAAUUGAAGAUGCUAUGGAUGAACAUCCUGAUGUGCCUGAAACUGCUGUGAUUGGCUAUCCACAUGAUAUUAAAGGAGAAGGUGCAUUUGCUUUUGUGGUAUUAAAAGAAGAAAGUGACAUCCCAGAACAUUCAAUUAAAGAACAACUAAGAACUAUUGUAGCAACCAAGAUAGCAAAAUAUGCAGUUCCUGAUCAUAUCCUGAUUGUGAAACGACUCCCCAAAACACGGUCUGGAAAAAUUAUGAGGCGGGUGCUGAGGAAAAUUGCUACUGGUCAUGUUGAUGAUCUGGGUGACAUAACAACACUGGAGGAUCCAAGCGUGAUCACAGAAAUAUUAGAGGCACACAAAAAAUACAAGGAACAAGAGUCAGCUUAAUAGCACAGAGUCAAAAUACUUCUUUAGGUCACUCAGAAUUCUUGUCGCACAAUUUAUAUGAUGCAAACUGCACCUUGCACACCCUGCAUCUUGUAUGGCCUAUAUUAUAUUAACUUAUUGCAAGGACUUGCCUUAGCUAUAUGAACAAUUGGUGGCAGAGAACAUUGAUAUUCAAUAUAUUUAAUAUAAAUAGAGGCCUCUUCUUGCACAUUAGGUUUUUAUUGGAUUGUUUGUGGUAAACCAUAAAUGUCACUAUUUAGAACGCAUCUAUUAUUGUACUAAUUAAAAAGCUUCUUUUUUUAUCUAUAUAUCUGUAAAAAAGACAGAGUAUUGUUUUGGUUUUCACCAAGUUAAAAGGACAUAAAACUCAACAUUUUUCUUGGAUGAUUCAGAUGGAGCAUGCACUAAAUUUAAAGGGCCAUAAUACCCAAAUGUUUAAACACUUGAAAGUGAUGCCGCAUAGCUGUAAAAAGCUGACUAGAAAAUAUCUCCUGAACAUCUCUAUGUAAAAAAGGAAGAUAUUUUACCUCAAAAGUUCCUCAGUAGCCACAUCCCAUUGUAAAGGAUUUCUAAGCAGCAUUUUAGUCUGUCUGUCCUGGGACAGCUGAAAGGAUGAGCCUCGUGAACUCUCAUAUUAUUUCACCAAUCAGGUAAAGGAAGCUUACUAUGAAAUCUCAUGAGAGUUAAGUCAAAUCUCAUGAGAUCACAGUAAGAAUUCAUGACCUCAGCAUUGCUGAUGCUGAUUGGCUGCUGUUCAUUUCUUCAUUUUUUAUUUUUUUUUACCUGCAGCUGAGUAUAGCUUUUUACACAGAACUUACUAUUCUGAGCUGAGGAGAUUGUGAGGUAAAGUAUCUUCCUUUUUUACAUAGAGAUGCUCAGGUGAUAUUUUCCUGUCAGCUUUUUACAGUUAUACUGCAUCAGUUUCAAGUGAUUUAGCAUAUGAGUAUUAUGUCCCUUUAAAUAAAAAAACAACUUUGUUUCUUUCUCUUUAUAUUAUUUGUUUAAGACCAUACCUAGGUAGGCUUAGGAGCAUGCACAAGUCUGGAGCAAUAUCUGACAGCGGUUUUGCAUCAAUGCUUUUAACAAUGUUAUACACUUGUAAGCACUAGAUGUCAGCAGUGUUUGCCCAAUGUACUGUAGAACAUUGUUAAAAUCAUUGAUGGAAAGCUGCUGUCAUAUAGUGCUAUAGACACAUGCACGCUCCUGAGCUACAACACUAGAUACCAAAUUAAUUUUAUAAUGAAAAUAAAAGGAAAGGUUUUUUUGUUUCUUUAUUUUAAUGUAUACUUUAUCCGAAUCAAAUACAAAUUUGGGUAUUCUUGUCCCUUUAAUAUCAAGCUCUGCUUAGGAGAAAGCAUGUGCACAAUUUUGUAGAUUAAAAAAGUAACUUCCAUUAACCAUAGUUAACAAAAAAUGUUUAAAUAUAUAUUUAAAAAAAAACUUCUGUGACAUUACAUGGAUAUUUUAAAACAUUUUGGGGAAUCCACAACUUAGUACUGUUUUUCUAAGUACAAAACAGCUGUGUGUGGGUAGGUAUACUGAUGUAUUUUUACUCUCUUUGUAGUUAGCUGUAUUAUAACUGCAGUCUCAAGUGCUGAAAUGAUAGUUUUAGAUUUACAAAUGAAACACUACUUUUUACCUUUUAAUAUUCCAAUAAGAAUUUCUGGGUUGAAAUGUAAGCUUUGUGUUCCUAGGAAUAUUGUGCUUGAUUUAUUUCAUGAACUAUAGGUUCACAUACAAGUGUAUUAUUUGCCUCCUGGACUAUCCAUAAUGGAGUGUUUUUGGCCUUGAACUUGGGUCCAAUCUACACUUGAUCAAUUUUUAAAUCACUGUGAGAUUUCUUUGCAUUUUUUUAAAUUAUAAUUAUACCUGUCCAGUUCAGCUUUAUGCAAAAUGAUUCAAAACUGAAAACGCACAAAUAAAUGCAUAGGAAGAUCAAAUAAAAUGUAUAUAAAUGCUGUCA